AACCCUAUUUCUUACCUCUCACAGAAACUCCAUGAUCAUUCUCAUGAUGAUGAUGAUUCCACCGGCGUCUUCUUCUUCUUCUUCAGCUCCUUCUCAGCCACCCCAUCUUGGCGUUCACCGCUGGGCCCCAUCUGCUUCUCCGGCACCGGCCCCUUCACCGUCCACCCCUGCCCCCGCUCUCCUUGCGGUACCUGUCGGCAAACCAUCACCUCUGCCCUCUAAGUUGUCGGUUGACUUCAGCCCACCGCUAAUUGCAAUGGUGGUCGUCGUUGCCGCCGCCUUCAUCGUCGUCACCUAUUCCCGCCUCAUCUCCCGCCACCUCGUGCCUCCGAUAACCCGCCUUGCUCGCCGGUGGCGCCGCCGUAGGCGACGUUCCUACCCACCCUCCUCCUCCGGCGACCUCGACUCACUUCCUUAUGAUUCUCCUUUUGAGCCGAUUGAUGGGCCUCACAUGUUCUCCCCUUAUGGUCUCGACGAGUCCAUCAUCAAGACCAUACCGUUUUCCCUCUACACCGCCAAAUCCAAGGAUCAAUUCGAAGAGUCUCGACGCGAUUGCGCGGUUUGUUUGUUGGAGUUCGAAGACGAUGAGUACGUCCGAACGCUCCCUUUUUGUUCUCACACUUUUCACCUGGAUUGCAUCGACGUUUGGCUCAGGUCGCACGCCAAUUGCCCCCUGUGCCGCGCCGGAGUUUUGUGCGCAGAGUCCCCGUUCACGCCAAUGAUGGCAGCGAGGAUUCGGCCGAGCCUCGACGACGACACGAUUUUGCAUAGAAUCAGUAUGGACCCUAUGGUCGAAGCUCCAUCGCCAGUGGCUCAUUCUCUGGUGUCAGAGAUCACUCCUUGCAACGAAGAGCAAUCACCGAGAAGGAACCACGCGAAUCCGGAGGACGAUCGAUUCAACGGCGGUCGUGAUUUCCUCCUGAAGCGAUCCUACUCGUUCGGAUUCGAACGGAGCUUGGCGUCAGAGAGAAUGGUGAUGGAGCCGGCGACGGCGUCGCCGUGGCGGUACCACCGAAGGGGAAGCAGCAGCAGCUUCUGGAGCAAAAGGCCGUCACCGUUCGGAUCGUUGGGAAAGUCCAGAGUGUUCUCCUUCAGAUACUACAGAGGGAUGAAGUCGCCGUUCUUCCGGAGGCGAGGGUUCUUUCCUCUGUCGGAAUCAAGCUGAUCAUACAACGGAGGAGGAGGAAGCUCGUCACGGCGAAGCAAGUCAAUCGCAAGCCCGAUGUUCCUGAGAUCGUCAGCAGCCUUGGCGGCGGCGGGAGCAGCAGCUUUCUCGUCGAGCCGGCUGAGGUGCGGCGACCCGGAGGCAUUGCUGUCACCGGAGAGAUACAACAGGAGAUAAAAGAAGGAAAAGGAAGAAGUGGGAAUUAUUUUUUGUAACUUUUUGGGUUGGGGGGUACGUGGAAAGAGAUAAUUGGUGAAAAGACGGUCGGAGAUGGUGACGGAGAGAAAAGGGCGGCGGGGGAAGGAGGAGAGAGAGUGGGGUCAGGGAGAGAGGAGAGAGAGGAAUAGGAAUUAAUGGAGGGGAUUAAUGAGAGGGCCUGUCAAUAUGUAGAGGGUCAUUAAUGGGAAGGUGGCUCUGCAUUUAAUGUCUCAUAAAUUUGACGA